AUAAUUUAUCAAUAUUAAUCUAGCUCAAUCUACAUUAUUUUUAACCCAAUGCUAACCUUUAGUGAUUUUAUUUUCUGCCGAUCAUUUAGCUACAUGUUUGCUUACGGCCCUUGACCAAGUCAAGAAUAGCGGUCAUCUCUCAUGACGACAGACAAACAGUCAGAUAAAUGUACAGGCAGCCAGCACCAUGACCUCCUUUUUUCACUUUCUUCUGUGAGUAUUGUGCCAAGUCCUCCACCUUUGCAAAUAAGAUAAGAGCACAACUGCAAGAACUCUCCCAGCACCACGGACUACAAAAUGGAAGACCCGUUGGAGAAAGAGAUCCCACCAACUGAAGUAAAAGAUUCAGAUGAAGGAGGAAUUCGGCGGCGACUCAGAGACAGAGACCUGUUGAAGAAACGAAAAGCAGAGGCAGAGGAAAAAGCAACCAACCAGUGGGUUUAUGGGGCACAGAGCAUUAAAAGAGUCAAAAAGAGGACCACUACUGGCACUCCUGGAAGGAAAGGUCGACCAAGAAAAGAACCAAUAGUUAUUCCAGAAGACCUUGGUCUGGUUCAGGAAGUGGAUCCUUCUCCCACCACACUUCCUGUCACAGAACCUGAAUUGCCCACAAUAGCAGCGAUAGAGCCUUUGCAACCAGAUGAGCCACAACCAGAACUGGUGCCUGUGGAAGCAAUAAGUGAAAAACCUCAAGAAGAGUUUUUGAUUGAGGAUCUGGGGCCAGACGAGGAGGAAGACAUGCCUCAAAAAAGCCUGGUUAUCGUUACAGGAGAUGACGAGAAGCCAUAUAAUGAUGUGCCUGAACAGAGCCAAAUCGCAAUGCCAAUGUUUGCUCCAGCACCUGAUUCUUCUCAACCGGAUAACAUAAGCCUUACUGAGAAUUUACUUUUCUGAGCACCUCCUUUCUAUGGAAACAAUAGCAUUGUGGCUAACUCAUUUAAUACAUUUUAUCUCAAAGGAUUUAAAAACCUGAAACAAGAACAAAUGUAUAUUUAUUCAAAUUCUUAAUGUUUUCAUGUACAUAUGCCACUAGUUAUUACUUACUAGUCAAAUACAAACAUUAACUAGAUAUAUUGUUUGUUAGUUGUUACUUUACGGUACUUUUGUGCCCCCUAGUGAUUGUAAAUUGCAAAGUAAUAUUUGCCUCCAUUGCAAAUAAUCUUUGUUUAGAUUGUGUUUGUAUAACUGACUAUUUUACAAUAAAUAAAUUUUAUAUUUUG